AUGCUAACGCUUUCGUCAGUCAUCUGGCCGCAAUUCAAUCUGAAAACCUCUGAAAUGGAGUCCUCCACCUCUGAGGUCAAGAACGAGGCUUCUGCCCCUUCAUUAGACAGCCCAGUUCCCGAUGAUACGAAGCCUGCCGAGUCAGUCAAGACAGGCCUUCCCCAGACCGCUCUGAAAGCCUUGCUCAUCGAGUCUGCUUCCAGAACCCCUGUCAACAAUGCCCAACUGGAAGACGAUGACGACCUCACUCCGCCGCCUGACCACAUUCCCAGCCCAACUCAUGACGACCCGGCCUCGGGCGACGAAAUCGUGGUGAGCUCUAAUCGUAAUGGUGCCGACAAGUCUUCGCCUUUUCGUGUGGUGUCCGACCAAGAGGACGAAACCAUGGGCGACGCCGAUGAGGAUCUGCCCUAUCGACCGCAAACGUCCCCUUAUCCCACGCGCAAGAGACAGCUGACCUUGUCAAACGUUCCUGCGGAUGACGAAGAGGAAGGAAGCCCAGCCACAGACGACACGCCCAUCUCCCGCGCAAAGCCGAUCCGUCGCCCUGCGGGUGCUGAUUCCAAGACUGUCAUUCUUGGAUACUGGCGCGACUCUCAGCAUCCUGACGAGGCUGAGAAGCACGCUGUCGUCGGCUUCAUUGACGUGCGAGAAAGGUUGCGAACACGAAUUGCCGACGUCAACCGCGAGCGUCAGCCUGUUGACACAAAGAAGUAUCCAGUGCCUCCUGGACCCGGUGGUAGCUGGGUGACAUUUGAGCGCGUCGUUUUCGAGCCUCAACUUGUCGGGCUCAAUCAUCACCACAUUAAAGAAUUCGUUAAGCAAAGGGCCGGUGUAGAGGGAGAAUCGCCCGAGACGAAGCGGCAAAACGACAUGCUCGCUGUUGCCGAGGCGCGACGUCGCCUCGAGAGAAACCCGGCCUCCGAGACGGCGCCUACCCCGGCUGUGGCCUACGGUCUCACGAUCCCCGAGGACGCUGUCAUCUGCAGUCGUUCUGAGAUCGCUAAGCGGCGAAAGCUUGGCCCAACCCCUCAGAGCGGCGUCGGCACUAUCAGCGGUGGAGGCCCGAUACUGAGUUCCCAAGCACAGGGCCAGCACCAACCACCAAUGAGGCACACUCUGGCGCAGGAGCUUCCUCCGAUGCACUCCCAGGUAGGUCCUCGGCGCAGUCUGCCCGACCAUCCUGAAAGCAGAUCGUCGUCGGGUAUUGGAAGCCCAGCAACGCGGCCCAACGAACGCGAUCGCCAUGCGGUUCUCGGCAUUCUCGGUACAAACGACAUGUUCCGGGUCAAGGUCGUUCGUGAGACUCGAGACGGGCGCUAUGUUGAUGGAAACUUCCCUGUUGGCGCAGGCGCUUUGUGGAUCCAAUGGCCUGAGAUGGAGCCGGAGCCGCAUCUCAAGGAUCUUAGCCGAACAGAGGUCAAAGAGUACGUCCGGGUUCGCCAAUACCAGAUUGACCGAGGUGAGACGGAAGCGCAAAAAGUUCGCAACGAGACCCAUGCCGUCUACAUUGCGCAACAGCGUGUCAUGCACGGCGUCAAGAUCGUCCCCCCGCCGGGCGCCGCCGCCAACGGGAAUGGUGUCCAUAGCCGACAUGACGAUGAUGUGCCCGGGCCGGAGGACGCAGAUAUGAACGAUGCCUAUGUCGAUUCCAAGCAGGACAUGAAGACUGUGUUCAAUGGUCAAGAGCUUAGGAGCAACGGCCGCCGUCCAGACGCCCCUCACGGACGACACUCGCUGCCAAACCUCGAGAGUCGCCAGUCCUCAAAGACUCCUAUUGCUGCACGCAGGGAUAUGGAUACCCACGCUCGUCGAGAGAUAGGCCGGCUUGAGCAGGCCGAAGUUCGCAGGGCUCAGUUUGCUCUGGAACGGGAGGCCGCUGCUGCCAACGCCAGUCUCGGCAUGCCGAUGCAGCACGGCAGCCAAUUGCCCCCCAUGCAAAUGGUGAACAAUAACCAUAGUCGUACGAGCCUUGGACACUCAUUCCACGCGCACGAUGACCUGCAACGUCUUGAGAGCGUAUGGCAGAUGCAGGAGGAGCAACGCAAUAAGGUCCAACAGCUGCCGCCUCCCCCGGCUCCCGUUCAGGCCCCACCUCCUGUCCAUACGCCAGUGGCUAACGGCAACGAAGUCAAGUACCAUGAAGGUAUUCGGUACGAGCGCAAGCCUACCGGUAAUUUCGCUGGCAAACUCGUGUCGACGGGCUCCCUCAUCAGCAUUGAUGGCGAGGAUUACAUCGAGUACCGCCUUCUUACGAAGCCGUCGUUCUGAUGCACGCCUUCUGCGAUGUUGUCCUGCGGCUGUUGUUCUUACUAUCACACUUAUUUUCUCUUCGCGUUUGCGACACUUCACUUUCCGACUGUUCAAUUGUGGGGCGGAGCCUACAUGAUUCUUUUGGCGCGGACGGUAUUCAAAAAGCCCUUUGGCGCCAUCAUUCGGACUAUACCCCCUUUACACUUAUCUUCACUUCGGUCCCGGCCUCGUGACAUCGUGGAUGUACGACACCGAUUUCCUCUCUGUUUCUCAUCUCCUUAGACUGGCGUUCAACUCGGUUCCUUACAAACCGGACGGACCAGAGUCUGUCAUGGGUUCAUUACAAAAUGCGAAUGAUGGGUCCGGAAGAUUUGGCUUGUUUUCCUUACUUUUGUUUACGUGGCGAGGAAUGACGUUGUACGAUUACUCGGAAUGCAAAAGCCGAAGAGAUUGCACGGG